AUGUAUCGAAAGCAGCUGCGUGAAACGACGCUGCUGGAUCGUGUGCACGAGCACGUUGUGCUGCCACCUAUCGUCCUGCAAGCGGUGGACACGGCGGCGUUUCAACGAUUGCGCUCCCUGAAGCAGCUUGGUGCCUCCUCAUUUCUUUACCCUGGGGCCGUGCACACGCGCUUUGAGCACUCUAUCGGUGUGGCGCAUAUGGCGCGGCACCUUCUAAUGAGCAUCAAACGCCGCCAACCUGACUUGGGCAUUGGCGACAAUGACAUUGACAAGGCGAUGCUCGCAGGUCUUUUUCACGACAUUGGGCACGGCCCAUUCUCACACCUCUUUGAAGACGUCAUUACAACGCGCUGUGGUGUACCAUUUAAUCAUGAGGACAUGUCAGAACGUAUCACGCGGCGAGUGCUGAGGACGUUCCUCCCUCUUGAUGACGUGGAAGACGUUAUUGGUCUUAUGCGAGGCCGCUGCAGCCUGGCAAUGAAGUACGGAGAAAUAAUUAGCAAUAAACGUAGCGGUAUUGACGUAGACAAGCUUGAUUACUUCAUGCGGGACUCACUCUGCUGCUUUGGGAAACCGACGGUGGAUGUGCGUGUUAAUCGCCUCUUCAACUCCGCACGUUUAGUGUGUGACGGCGGACAGUGGCAGCUUGCAUUUGAGGAGAAGCUGGCGCUUUCACUGCGUGAGCUCUUUACACUGCGUGCGAAGCUUCACAAAAAUGUUUAUCAGCACUACGUUGUCAAGGCAAUUGGACAUAUGAUUGGAGACAUUUUUAAUUUGGCUGCGCCACAUUUUAUGGUAGGAGGCCAUACGCUCCUUGAGUGUGCCACGGAGGAGGCGCUGCUGUUGAAACUGGGUGACUGGGUGCUGGAGGCAAUUGAAAGUAGCUCCGAUGAAGCGUUGCAGUCGGCACGCGAACUUAUUGCCCGCCUUCGCGCACGCGACAUUUAUCGCCUGGUCUUCUCUCGAACCCUUGACCCUGAUGUAGAGCUCUCACCAGGGUGGGUGAAGCAACUGUCGACGGGGAUCCUCGCCUGUGCAUCGGUGUCACGGCACUUCACUGCAUCGGACUUUAUUGCAGAUCUGGUGAUCAUUCAUCAGGGCAAGGGACGAAGCGACCCCCUGCAGAGCGUUCUCUUUUUUAACCCAAAGCGGCCGUCUCAGCCGCUGUCGAAGAUGUCGUCCGACGCACGCUACAGCCCACUCUUCACGCCGUUCGCCUUUGAGGAACGCACGUUGAUGGUGUUUGAGCGGCGUAAUACUGAGGGUGCCGUUCGCGCGGCAUGCGAGCGACUAGUUGCAGACGAAUGGUACCGCCGCUUCUUUGUUGAAACUCUGCCCUUUUACAAUCAGUCUUGA